CACACCACCCAUUGACCCUCACCACAGGACUUCGCUCGGCACGCAUACGCAGAGGACGUUCUUUGACAAUGGCACCCUCUAGAGCAGAUCGUCUUGCACAGCUGCGUGCCCUGCGAGCGGCGGGCAAGACCGCGUUCGACGACUAUGAAGUGCAGGAAGCCGAGUCCAUAUACGAAACCGUCGACGACGAGGGAUACAAAAAGGUCGUGCGAAGUCGAUUGGAUCAAGACGAUUUCGUGGUAGACGACAAUGGCGAAGGUUAUGCGGACGAUGGACGCGAAGACUGGCAAGAUGAAAGACAGCCUAUGUACGACAGCGAGAGUGAGGAAGAUCUGCCUAAAAACAGCAAAGCCGCCAAGCGGAAGCGAGAGGAGGAUGUAGAGCGACAAGAGAAGCUCAGCAAAGGCAUCAGCAAAUACUUCAACCAAAAACCGACUGCUGCAGCACCAAAGCCGAAACCCGUUCGAACGGCCGAGGAUGACGACUUUAUGGCUGGUCUACUGGGUGAAGUUGACACAAAUGUCCAGCGGCCAGCUCCAUCUUAUGGAAAGGCCAUCAAGAGCAAUGAUCGCCGGAAAACUCGAGUCCUGUCACCUCCCCUGGAAGACAGACAGACAGCGCGUCCCAAACGACCAGCGGCAGAUCAACAUCUGCAGUCGUCCCCUCCCACAGCUCAUGUUGCCGACGACGAUUUUCCGAUGCAGAACGACGACGAUGUGCCCAUGAUGAGCGACCCACUGCCUUCAUCGCCCGUUGCAAAGGUAGUGGAGCGAAAAACUGCGAUCAAAGUGGAAGAGCCUGAGGAAGAGGAUUUGAUGGAGAUCGCAGAAGUCAAAGGCGGUUCCAACCUGAAGAGUGCAAAUGUAAACAUCCGUGGCAGUCGCCCCGCGCCGAAGCUUGCAAAGGCAUCAUAUCCUACGCCCGCUAGCUCAUCACCCACCAGGCCUGCGGCUGAUGAGGUCGACAUGACAGCAAUCAACAAUGUGGCGGCCAAGCUAAACAUCAUGAGCAGUCCUGCGCACGAACCUGUCAUGGCUGGCAAGCUCGAUUCCAAGGAUGCUCUAGAAGCAGAUGGCUCACUGAACUUUUUCUGGCUCGAUUACACUGAGGUCAAUGGUAGCCUAUGUCUGUUUGGCAAAGUGAAAAAUCGUCAAACGGGCAACUACGUCUCCUGCUUUGUCAAAGUUGACAAUAUUCUUCGGAAGCUAUACUUCCUGCCACGCGAGCACCGCCACAAACAUGGCCGUGACACCGAUGAGGAAGUUGACUUCAAGGAUGUCUAUGAAGAGGUUGACGGCAUCAUGUCGAGACACAAGGUGACAAUGCACAAGAUCAAGCAAUGCACACGCAAGUAUGCAUUUGAACUGCCAGGAAUACCAAAAGAAGCAGACUAUUUGAAACUCCUCUAUCCCUACGACAAGCCAGCAUUGCCAAUGGACUUCAAGGGCGAGACAUUUUCACACAUUUUCGGCACCAACACAGCACUGUUUGAGCAGUUCGUGAUGUGGAAGAAUAUCAUGGGACCCUGCUGGCUCAAGAUCGAAGGUGCCGACUUCAAUGCCGUCAACAAUGCCUCUUGGUGUAAACUCGAGCUCCAAGUCACGAAACCCAACGGUAUCACAACCUUGGGCGAGUCAGACAAUCUCGAGGCUCCUCCACUGACCAUGAUGUCCAUGGCGCUGCGAACUGUAUUCAACCAGAAGGAAAACAAGAACGAAAUCUUAGUUGCGAGUGUUCGAAUCUUUGAGAACAUUUCUCUGACGGACACGAAGCCAGCGGAACAGAUGCCACAGCGCGUCAUAACAGUAAUGCGUCCGCAUGGAGACGCUUAUCCAAUGGGCUUCAAGCCUCUUGCCGAGAAGGAGAAGCACAAAAUCCUUAUGGAAAGGAACGAGAUUGGUCUUCUGAGCAAGCUGCUUGCCAUCUUUCAAAUGCACGAUCCGGACUGCAUCAUCGGACACAAACUGGAUGAUGUCGACUUUGGUGUACUGCUCGCACGCAUGAGAGAGCGAAAGACUCCUGGCUGGCAUCGAAUCGGGCGACUAAAACGUGGCGACUGGCCCAAGAAUGUCGGUAAGGGAGGCGGUAGCUACUUCGCGGAGCGACACCUCGCUGCCGGAAGACUUCUCGGAGACCUCGCCAAUGACAUGGGCAAAAGUAUCAUGACUGGCUGUCAGUCUUGGAGUCUUGACGAAAUGGUCUCGUUACAUCUCAGCGGACACUCGCGCAAGGAGAUGGACGCCGAGAAAGCUCUCGCAAUGGCACAGUCGGGCAUCGGACUGAUGAAUUACGUCAAGAUGUGCGAAGUAGACACUUUCUACACUGCUGCUCUGGCCAUCAAACGACAGCUUCUGCCGCUUACGAAGGUGCUUACUAACUUGGCUGGUAACUCAUGGGCCAGGACACUCAGCGGAACCCGUUCGGAGCGGAACGAGUACAUUUUACUGCACGAGUUUUAUCGCAACAAAUACAUUUGCCCCGACAAAAUCUUCGGCAAAGGGCCUUCGAACAAGAAGAUCGAAGAGGGAGAAGAAGGAGAGGAUGGCGCCGACACCAAGAAGAAGGACAAGUACAAAGGUGGUCUGGUCUUUGAGCCUGAAAAGGGGCUCUACGACAAAUUUAUUCUGGUUAUGGACUUCAACUCCCUUUACCCAAGUAUCAUCCAGGAGUAUAACAUCUGCUUCACGACAGUCGACCGGAGCGACAUCUCUGAGCAGGACGAGAAGGUUCCUGAGGUCCCCGAAGACACCUCUAACAAGGGCAUCUUACCGAGACUGAUUCGAACCCUUGUGAGCAGACGACGAGAGGUGAAAAAGCUUAUGAAGGACAAGUCUGCUACAGAGGACCAGCUUGCAACAUGGGACGUGAAGCAAAUGGCAUUGAAGCUGACAGCCAACUCCAUGUACGGUUGUUUGGGAUACACCAAGUCCCGAUUCUAUGCUCGGCCACUUGCUGCUCUUACAACUUCCAAAGGACGUGAGAUCUUGCAAUCGACCAAGGAUCUGGCAGAGUCACAGCAUGCUCUCCGCGUCAUCUACGGAGAUACUGAUUCUGUCAUGAUCAACACCAAUGUUGACAACAUUCUCGAUGCGCUGAAGAUGGGAAAGGACUUCCAAAAGAGUGUCAACGAGCAAUACGAGCUGCUGGAGAUUGAGAUUGAUCAUAUCUUUCGACGACUCCUGCUCCACGCGAAAAAGAAGUAUGCGGCUAUUCAAAUGGUCGAUACCGGCGACAACACCUGGAAAGAGAAGCUUGAUGUUAAAGGUCUCGAUAUGAGGCGACGAGAGUACUGCCAGCUCUCCAAGGAUACCUCGACACAACUCCUCAAUUAUCUCCUGUCCGGGGAAGAUCCGGAGAAGGUUGUUUCUCAGAUUCAUGAUCACCUGCGAGAACUCAGUGAGAAAAUGCGCAACAACGAAAUUCCCGCUCACAAGUACACGAUAUACACGCAACUGGGCAAAGAUCCGAAGGAGUAUCCCGGCGGCAAGUCUAUGCCCGCAGUACAAGUGGCUCUCAAGCGUCUAGCCAAGGGAAAACAGGUGAAGGCCAAGGACGUCAUGGCCUUUGUGAUCUGUGGCGACAGCGAAGGAAAUCAAGAGAAAGCCGCGCAGAAUGCCCACGAGUUGGACGAAAUCCUGGCCAAGGAUAGCGGGCUCACGCCAGACGUGCAAUACUACUUGCACAAGCAGAUCCUGCCGCCAGUGGAACGUCUCUGUGCUCCUAUCAGCGGCACCGAUAUUACAAGACUGGCAGAGUGUCUCGGCCUAGACACAUCCAAGUACCGCAUCAGUGGUGCUAGCAGGUCUGCUGAGCAGAGCAACGAGAUCACAACCUUGGAGAGCCAGAUCCCCGAUCACGUUCGAUUCAAGGAUUGCGAGCCUCUCAGUUUGCUGUGUCUCGGCUGCAAGAAUCAUUUCGAGUAUCGCGGACUGAACUACACUGCCCCGGAUAAUGAGCAACCGCUCGUGCCCCUCGGUGUCUUGACCAACGGUGGCCUCGCGUGCCCCCGUGCGGAGUGCAAGAAGCGUAUCUCAACUCUGACGCUGACAGCGCAAUUGGAAAACCAAAUCCGACGACACACUUCUCGCUACUACUCGGCCUGGCUGAAAUGUGAUGACCAAGCCUGCGGAAACCGAACACGACAGAUCUCAGUCUACGGACAUCGGUGUCUCGGCCCCAAUGGCCUUGCCUACGGCUGCACAGGACGCAUGUCCUUCGAGUAUAGCGAGAAGGCACUGUACAACCAGCUUCUCUACUUGCAAGGCUUGUUCGAUGUGGACAAGUCCUUGGAGAAGAUGGGUGCUGCAGGACUUGUCAAAGUCGAGGGCGAAUCGAAAGAGAAAGCGAAAAUUCUCGCUGGGAUGAAUCGGGAUCGGUUCGCGGUUUGUUGGGAUGUGGUGAAAGCGUACUUGGAUAAGAGUGGAUGGGGUUGGGUUAGUAUGGAUUCGCUCUUCGGCUUUGCGAUGAAGUGAGCGGAAAUUGCACUACUCGUAACUGAACGACUGGAUGUGGAUAUUGAGGGCGGCUACUGUUGAAUACUGCGUGAUGAACGGCGCUCAGAGAUAUAUUACGGCUUUAUGGAAACUGCUUCUUCACUGUCAGUUC